GACAUUGGAUUAUUAGUCGACAUGCUGGCUGAACAGGCCACCAGAGGAACCGUGGGACCACCCUUUGAGAGUGAUUCAUUCACAGUACCAGUCAUUGGGACUGAUUCAGUAAUGAUCCCCGGCAUAUCUAGUUUACCUCGGAGUGACGGACUUGCAGGACCAGCCGUUGUGCCUGAUGCCACUACAGUUUCUGGGACCGAUAGUUUGCAUAAAAGCGGUGUCUCCCCGCCACAGCCGAGAGGUAUAACCGAUUUGCCUACAGGGGUUGAUAUACCAUCCAUGACUACUCCUGCCGUUAUCUCGGAGCCUGUCAGACCUCAGCCCGAGGGGACCUCCGUUGGCGUUGGUAUGCUCGGAAUUUGCCUUUAA